UUGGUACAUUGUUGUUGUUUUGUAGUUAAUUCAGUACGAGGCUACACCGCUGCCCGUCUGCUGGACGCUUCACACCGACUGUGUCAAGUUACUCCGCCGCCUGUAUCGGAAACCUACUCCGCUAGUUUUUACGCAUCACGGUCCACAAAUAUCCGAGUCCACAGAGGUGAGCUUGUGUGUGUGCGUGUUUUUUUUUUUUCUUCUGGGAAGAUGUUUUGCCAUGCCUUUUUUAAAUUGCUGAAGUUGUCACAGAGACAUAUUGGCGCAUGCAGAUAGGAGUAUGUUGACCACACGCGCCACUCAUGUACGGUUUUGAUCCUGGUCAUGAAAGUUGAUGUUGACUUUGUAGCAUGUUUCAGUCGCGUGGACACGUGUUGUGUUAGAGUAACAUAACACAAUGCCCAAAAAAGUUCUGAGUAGUCGCGUGAAAAAAGUAGGGCACAACAUUAAAAAGUGUUAAAAAAGAGCAGUAUUUGAAUAACUGCUUUUGUUUUUACUUCAUUUUUUUAGGAAUUUGAAUCAGCCUGGUAUUUUUUUUAAAUAAUUUAAGUGGAUGUAUUGUCUCAAUGAGUGAAAGCAUUCAGGAAAGUAUUUUAUACAAAUUAUAUUAAAUAUAUAAGUCUAAAUCAGUAGAUUAAUGUUUGUGCGAUGUUUACAAUGUUAGCCUAUAAUAUGUAUUACGGUUACUGUUAAAAACGCCCUCAUGUAUUACUGGGCGCCACAGAGCCAGUAUAAUAAGUUGUUUCAAGAUUUUUUUUAAAAGGGGAAAAAAAAGCGGUUUUGGUUAUUUAUAGCCUUCUUUCUGUCACUCGACUGACCUUAGCUUUUUUUGGGGGGGAAAUGGAAGUGAAAUAAACUUCCUGACUGCCCUCGUUUAAACUUUAACUAUGUCAUAAACAACAUUCUCACAUCCCCUUUAAUUCUGCCGGUCUUGCUGAUUUCAUUUCGGGAUUUAAUUUCGGCUUCUGUGAUGCAAACAUACCAGCCUACCUUUGACAUUGGAAAUAACACGUGGUCAGCAUUUUAGGCAUGUGGAACAAAGGGCACGAUGAGAAGUUAGACCACUGGGGCUGACUGACCUACAAAGGAGAAACAAGCAGUCACCAAACAGCAGGAGCAGCACAUAUUUCCACAAACAACUCACUAGUAUUAUCUUAUCUCCAUGUUUAGCCAUCAUUUCUGGUCUACAGUAUUUAUGACAAGAGUAAAGAUAAGGAAACUUGUUUUGAAUAAUUAUCUGAUAAUAACAACUUUACCUCAGAAAUAAUACUGCUGACUUAAUUUAAAAUAACUUGGACUUGUGACCUUUUAGGGCCAUUGUGAUUCAUUUAUGGAACGUAUUUGUCUUUGAGUAACUUGUUUCACUUAGAUGGUCACAGAUUUCUAUCUCAGAGGCUUUUGUGAUUCACUGUUUCGGGUGGGUGCACACAGUGUCUGCUGCUUUCAGGCAGGCGGUGGGGGCGAGUGCACUCCUGUCAUGAGGUUAACAUGUGGUUCAUUCACCACAGUGAUGAUGUCUUCGUUGGAAGGAGAAGUAACUGUGGCUGACUCAUUUUACCGCCACAAUACUCGGUGGCAGUGACAUAGGGAGAAAUCCCCCUGAAAACACAGGAUACAGUGUCAUUGUCAUCAGACAUAUAGGAUUUCUCUUUCUGCUGGUCAGUAGUGAAGGAUGAAAGCGAAGGCAUAACGUUUUUGUGGUCGAGUGUUGUGAAAGUGAAAUAGCUGCGGUUUGCGAUGCUGUGACUCACAGGGAACACGCUCACCAUGAUGUGUUUUGCUCCUCUAACUGGAAAAAAGAUGUCAAGUCUUGAUUGUUGACUUUGGAAGCCAGUGAUUUUAUCCACAGCUGAACAUGGCAAACAGAGUGUAUGCAGGCAAUAACAGAUGGAUGUGUGAACAGGCCUGCUGUGCGUCUGUCCAAAGUGACUCCCUGACAGUUAUAUAGCGUCUGAGACUGCUCACUCUGCCACCCACAGUGAUUUGCAUCCUGCCCUUUUGUUGCUUUUCUGUCAGUGGCCGGGUCUCAACCCGCUGCUUUCACCUCGUUAUGGGCAGAGGUGUGGCACGUGUCGAGAUUACUCAUUUAUCUACUGCGUAAUAUUGAUUAUAUUGUUUUAUUUGGUGGGAUAUGUUGUGUUAUUGGGAAUGCCUCGUCUGUUCUCACUGGGGCUGACUUGCUGAUUCAAUUGUUGAUCUUUUUCCUUUGCAACUUCCUGAUUUCACAAGUGACUCAAAUUGCAUGUUGUCAUCAACACAAACAAGCACUUCAUAGCAUUCAGAAUGUAUGCUUUGCCGUCACAUCUUGUCUGACCUUUUGCAAGUUUCUCAGCUAGUUGUUUUGAAGGAGAAGCACUAAAAUCUGGACGGCCCUGGAUAAUUAUUAACAGUAUUUUCUUGCAUUCUUGACAUUUCUUUGAAUCCCAGUGUCCCUGGUUGGGACAAUAUCUUUGCUCAGAUAUUGAGCAAAGAUAUUGAGCAAAGAUAUUCGCUCAGAUAUCUUUGACAGAUAUUGUCCCUGGUUGGGACAAUAUCUUUGCUCAGAUAUUCUGUGAGUUCUCCUCCCUUUCCCCACAAAAGUUCUGGAGUUAACACCAGACAUUUCCAAGGUUCUCUGUACUUUUCCUUUCUCCCCGUGAAACAACGGGAUUUUCCAGGAAAUGUCAGAUUGGGAGGGUGUGAUUCCCUGCCGCUGGUCGUCGCUUUUACCAGUAAACAGCAUGACUCACACUGCUCAGCUAUGCUCUCCAUUUCCUUCACAUAAUAUCCCACCAAAUGUGCUGCGCUGGAGAAAGAGCAGAGAGACGCACGCACCGGUCUGCAGACAAAUCUCUCCACCACCUCUGAGAAAAAUGCAAGAACAGCGAGAUCUUUCUCAGAAGAGUGCAUCAGGCUGUCAAGGGCAGCAACACGUCUGCUUAACCUACUCCUAAAUUAAAACAAAAAGAGAAGAUAAACAGAGUCCAGACAAGCUAACUCUGCAUUUAUCACAAGUCUUUGAUAUGCUGUUUAUUUUAGGAGGAGGCUGCACCCCACAGUUACCUGCUGUUACUGAAGUGCAGCCUUGAAGUUGACCAGAUGCCUGACUUUAAAACCAGUAUAAACAGUGAACAGAUGAUACAUAGGUUUAUUAAACUGACUUCGUCUCAAGUUUAGACUUUGUGCAUACACUAUUUCAUGAAUUUGCUCAUUAAGAGCUGGGGCGGAUUUGUGCGCAUGUAAAAAUUUGUCAUUCCCCGUUUUUUUCCCCAGCAUUCUCAAAAAUAGCCUUAAAAGGGUCAGUUCAUCUUCAAAGCAAUGUGUGUGCCCAAAGAACAAAGUAGCAGGUUUACCAGAAAACAUUCUGCUUUCCACAUCAAAUAAGACACAUGCUUUACACACAACCAUAGCCAUGAAAUGUGUGUACGGCUUUUGUAAUGGACAGUUAGUUCAGGAGUGUCACCCCAUGGCUCUAAUCUGCUUUUUUUGUAAGACUUUGUCAUAACUUUGUGAUAACAUUGCGGCUGAAAUAUAGUGCUUUUUGGGUUAUUAGCCAUCAGAGUAUCAUCUUGAGGAACGGAACAUUAUUUCUUUGUUGUAUGAAAAAGUAAAAUGAAAGAUAGACCCUCACUCUUGUCUGCCACGCAUGUGCACACAGGCUGCCUUUGAAUUGUUUGGGCAAGUGAAAGAUGUGAGACGCUUCUGAAUUCCAGACGUUUUGUGAAUAUUGCAGCCGUUGUUUUACAAGUGGGGUUGUCUGAACUCCACCCCCACAUAUAGCCGAGUGCAUCGCGGGACAUAUUCAGACAGAAUGUUCCUUCUUCAGUGAACACGGUUGUGCAUGUGAGGGUUUGCACAUGCGUGUUCACUCAGGAAUGUGGUUUUGUUCUUUGCCCGCCAUCUGUGGCUUUUCUUUGAGGUAUUGUCCCAGACUCCUUUUCUUACCAUUAUGAAAAACCUAAUACGAGUUGUUUUUGACUAUAGUGAGAAGCCAUGAUUUAUUAUAAAAUAAGUCUCAUCUGAGGGGCAAAACCGUAAAGAGCGGAUUUGGCUGUGUGAUAUAAUUGCUGUUUUUCCUCUGAGGAAACUUUGGCAUCUUGAUCAGGAAAACAUUGUCUCUCUGCGAGUUGCAAAAACAUAAGCACAUGCUUCAAGAAUUUCAGUGAAACAACCUGGCCUCUUGGUUCAAGCUGGAGGCCCCUUGUAUGAAGAGAGGGUGGCCCCACACCACUUUUCUGUGAUUUUUGCAGGGAAUAUACCCAGGGACCCCCUCUGAUGCAAUACCACUUAAAUUAGGCUGUUUGGGCCAACUAGUUGUCGAGGAACGUAUUUCAGUUCUUCAUCUUUAUUUAAUGCUUCUUAAAUGUCAAUUAUGCAAUUCUUUGCUGCAUGUGUUGUUUUGCAAAAUCAAUGAAGUACACCAGAGAGAGGAGCAGAUGUUCUCAGUGUCUAAACAUGCAUUUAUGUGGCGCUGGGUUUAACUGGUACACGUAUUUCUCAUCUGUUUAUUUUCCAAGUCAGGAAAAGUCUUUGUCACAAGCAGAUGAACCUCAUUCUGUGGACAGCAAUGUUGAAUUUAAUAUACAGUAUCAUAAAUCAUUGACUGAUGUUCAGGUCAAAUCAAAGACAACGUUGUUUUUUGUAUCGACUGCACUAUUUCUUGCAAUAAGGAACUGUAAAUCAACAGUUGCAAAGUCCUGUAUUAGCAACACAGCCAUGGGAUGUGCAAACGUGAUAAACAUCCCAAAAAGAGCAGCCACACCCCGAGUAUGUCCUCGCAUGAAAGCUGCAGCUAACAGGACUGCUGAGACUAUUUGCCCUCUUACUGAGGUAUCACUUAUCGCUUGCUCACUUAAAUUGUUUAGUUGGCAGAAACUUGUGUCAGCACUGUGGGCUAAAUAUAUCUGCCAGAGAUAAAUAAGGGCAUAGAGCAGCUCAGGAAAGCCCAGUGUAAGAGGAUCCAACCAGCGAGACACAGGCCUAAAUCCACAGACUACAUUGUCUCACAGCAAAAAUACAUCAGUGACUAUAAAGGAAAGUAUUUCUCUGUGACACUCUAUCUCCAGGAAUGUUCCACAUGCGUAUCUACUGCCCUGUAAAGUUCAGCAUAACUGUAAAUGUUAUGCCGACGGUCUGUUUUAAUGUGCCAUGAGGAGGCAGAGUAGUAGAUACCGAGACAUCUGAUUAAGGGAAUAAACAAUGUACAUUAAACUGGAUUUAAGGGAUGUAACAGGAUAAAAAGGGACAGACUGAGGAUACAGAAUGUUUAUCAGUUAUCAGCACAAGUUGGUGCUUCUUAUUUGUACUAUGAAUAGGCUGUGGUGCGGUUGUGAAUGAGACUUGUUUACCCUUUUGGUGACCAUGUGACUCACACUCCCACGCCCAUUUGCAGGGCGUUUCCAUGGCAGCAGUCGAGCAUGGAACAGUGCACUCGUAGUCAGGCUGGUCGGCAGGUCCUGAAAUGGAGCCUUGGGGGGAUGUGUGCCUCUCACAGGAUCACAGCUCAGCGCUCUCGCUUUUUUUUGGCCAUGGCAGCAGUCAGGAGAGCAUGUGCCUCACUGUAACGAGUACACAGAGCUUUGAUGCAAAGUUGUGUGUAGAGAGAGGUUGUCUGAUUCUAAGCUUGCUUGGUGUCGUGAACUACAUUGCCAGGGCUCUCCUCUAACAAGUGAAUACAGGCACUCUCCAGUGCUCGUGUUUAAUGUGGUCAUGCUGCCCUCUGCUGGCAUCAGUGACUAUCACGCAAGCAUACAUGUCGACACAUGACGUAACCCUGGACUGUUGUUGAGGUGUCUUCAAAGUGAAUUUGUGGGGAGGAGUGCCAAUCUGAUGUUAGCAUCUGCAAUAUACAAAAGAAAUUUUGUAAUGCGUUAGUAGAAAAAGUAUCGAGAUGUGUUACAAGUAAGAGUAUCGUCAAAUACGACAAUUUAAAAAUACUUCAAAUCCAAGUAAAAGUACAGAAGUAUUCUCAGCAAACAUCUUCAAAAUAUAAAAACUAAAAUGCCCCGUCAGUGAUCUAGAAUUAUAUAUUAAGUUACUGAAUUAUUAUUUCUGAUAGAAAGAUGAUAUUGAUCAUAUUUUUGUCUCUAAAAUCCUAAUCUGUAACGUGAUCGGUAUUCCAAAUUGUCAAAUAAAUGUAGUGGAUUGAAAAGUACAAUAAUUCCCUAUUAAAUGUAGUGGAGUAAGUAUAUAAAGGAAAUACUUAAGUAACAUGCCAGUAUCUCUAAAUUGUAUUUACAGCACAUAAUAUAUAUAAAUAAAUACUUUGUGACUUUCCAUCACCUUAUAUGUUGUGUUUCACUUUAAAUGUUUUUUUUUUUCAGUGUGUCUUCUGUGAGAUUCUGGCCAGUUGUCUGCAUGCAGGGAAUGACGACUAAUUUUAAGACGAGCAACGCUUUAAAGGUAAAGAAGGAGGCGGGUGAGAAUGCCCCAGUGGUCAGCGACGACGAGUUGGUGGCCAUGUCCGUGCGGGAGCUCAACCUGCACCUGCGUGGGCUGACCAAGGAUGAUGUUGCAAAGUUGAAGCAGCGGCGGCGGACCCUGAAAAACCGGGGAUACGCCGCCAGCUGCCGCAUCAAACGUGUCACCCAGAAGGAGGAGCUGGAGAGACAAAAGAUAGAUCUGCAGCAUGAGGUGGACAAGCUGGCCCGCGAGAACGCCAGCAUGAAGUUGGAGCUGGAUUCCCUGCGAGCCAAGUAUGAGGCCCUGCAGUGUUUUGCCCGGUCCGUGACCCGCGGGCCCCUCUCGCCGGGCAAGGUGGCCACCACCAGCGUCAUCACCAUCGUCAAGUCCUCCAACCGCAACAACUCCAGCCCGACCCCGUUCUCAACUCUCUCUCUCUCCUAGUGACAGCACUGGGCUCUUGUUCUCCUGCCUGGUCCUUCCUGGUUCUGACCCAGCCUGAACCCACUCAUCCUGUACUGAGAGGAUGCUCGGUAGUUAGACUGAGGGAUGGAAUGGGGUGGCAAGCUCUAUGUGACGUUAUGCUGCAUUCACAACUCUGUCUCUCUCCUUCUGUCUCUCUUACACAAUCUACAUUGUCUGUGCACUGUGCAAACUCCCCCCUCCCUGACCCCCCAGCACCGGCAAGGUACUGGGCCUCUGUGACCCCGUCCUACAUGACUGUUAGCAAAGAUUUGCUUUUUACUCCAGUGUGAAAACGUAUACGACAUGCCUUAAUGUGGCAGCGUUGGUUUAGUCGUACAUACUGUAUGUGACAGUACAGCCAAUGCCAAAUUUCAAUGUAAAUUUAGCCUUUGAAGCUGUUGCCUUAAAAGGGAUCUAUAAGUGAUCCAUAUAUAAUACUUGCAUGUAGUUUAACACAAAGAGGAUGUAUUGUUCCAGCUUUGAGGUCAGGUGGACACCUCUUUAUAACUACAGUUGCCAGUGGUCUCCAACCAGUUGCCUUUCAAGAGCCAGCCAAACACAACAGAUGUUUUCACUGAUUAGCUCCUCUUCUCUGUUGGACGAUGCUAAGCACUAAAAUCACCUGUUGUAGUGUUUGAUUUGAAGUUGAAACCUGCCUACACAUGGCUCUCUGUGGUCCAUUAUGGAGAGCAAUGCAUUAUGCAGUUUGACGACUGACCAACGUUCAACUAAAGGCCUCUACUCGUGAUGUGCUGUUUAUAUUGCCGUCGUCUGUCUCGGCCUAAUUUAGGUUUUAUUUGAAGAGUUUAAAACUCAAUUGUUAGGCCAAAAUGUGUAUGCAAGCCUUUGCUGGACUUGUGGAAUAUUAUAAAAGAUGGCCAUUUGUACCAUUUUUCACCUUAGAUUUGCUGUCGGAGCUCAUUCAUGCAAUGCUUGAGAAGUUGUUGGAUUUGUCAGAGGGGCUGAAAAGUGUUGUGUACAGUUAGCUAUGUUGUUUAAGACAUCGGAGGUGGUUGGACAGGUGCUGCAAGUGAUUCUGUUGGUAGCUUUGUGGCCAGUUUAACGAGAGAAAGUAUUCACAACUUCUGCUCGAGUAUUUUGAAAUGCAAAAGAGGUGAAUACUUGUUUUCCACAAAUUGUAAAUGCUAUUUGAUUAAACAGGCAGAUUUGGGAGGAGUACGACGUAGGAAAGAGAUUAGUGAGCAUUUGUUCGGAUUCAGGAAUCAUUGUAGAGCACUUUUAAAAGCAGGUUAGGUUGCAGUAUAAAAGAAAACAUUUCACAGGGCAACUGAUUCCUCGAAUUAGAGAUCGCCGACAGAAGCCAUUCUUGUAUUUCUGAAGUUGGCUGAGCUUAAUUGCAUGACGAUGAUUAAACGUGGUAUGAUCCCCGACUGUAAGGUCAAGCCUAAUGUACCGGACAGUAUCCUCUCCGAUACGUACACCACAGCACUUACCGGGUUCUGUUUUGCCUCUUUCCUUUAUACGCAACUCUUUGGCAGGUAAUCCAUAUUGGAUAUAGUGAUAAUGAGUCAUCCUUACAAGUGAAAUGCAAUUGAACUUUUUUACUGUAUAUUACAGACUACCGAAAUGAUAAAACUCCCACUGCCUCCUUUGUAACUUUACAUUGAGAACUCCGUCCAAAUAGAAAUCAUUCCUACUGCUGGGUCACGAGAAGUGCUGCUGCUGGGGUGUUGGCAACUCUGAAACAGUAGCCAUUAACCUUGCUUUUGACACACUCUUCUGCAAGAGAACUCCUGACACCCAUCUCUAGAAACGCUGAUGUCGCGACAACUAAAUGCAGUAAAUACCUUCCUCCCGUUGUACGUUUUGAGGUAUCUAAAUAUGAAAUUCACUUGAAAUCAAGCCGUUCUUACUGAGGAUCCAUUCCUAAUUUGGAGUGAAGUCAAUAGAGAUUGUUCAUGUCAGGAUUGUCUCUUGGCUAAGAGGACAUGAGUUUUCCCCCUGUUCCAUAGCUGCAAAGAACAGUUUGGGGAACUUUGCUGCUGUACAACCUGCUGUGAUUUUUAGGCAGGGGCAAUGCUGUGUUCUUACUUUUUGUAUUUUCACUUGGUUUCUACAUUGAUACAUCCUGUGUUCUUUUUCUGAAACUUAGUUUUGUAUGCAUAUGCAUGCAUGCAUGCAUACAUGCAUGCAUACAUACAUACAUACAUACAUACAUACAUACAUACAUACAUACAUAUAUAUACACACGUCAAUUAUAAAGACAUUACUGCUUGAAGCGUUUUCUGACCAGCGUUACAGUGACCUCUUGUGGUAAAGUUUCAAAACAAAAUGCUGGAAAAUUAGGCAUUUGUUAAUUUUAGCACAUAUUACUGAAUUUGGAUCCAAGGUUGAUUAGGCAGCACAUCUUAAAAAUAAAACCUGUAAGGAGUACACAUUUCCGUACUGUGCCUUAGUAAAAAGACAAAACCUCUCUCCAGGUGAAUUAAGUUCUUUGUUGUUGUUGAUCCAGUGUGACCGAGCACAGGUCAAGCUCUCAAAUACGUGUUGCUCUUAGGCUAGCUUACCACAAGCACUUAUUUUAAUGAUUACAUUUUCUACAAGCCACUUUUUUGCUGAGAUAAAAGCAGUCCUGUAAAUAAUGUUAGUGAGCGUUAUACAUGAAUGUAGACAAAGUGUAUGGGUGAGCAGAGGUAGAAGCAUUACUUACCAUGGAUGAGUCUUUCUUCCUGUUGAAGCAACUGCAGCUCGUUAUACAAUACCAAGGAGCUGUAAUGGAACCGUUUAAAGACAUCAGUGGUUAUUUUACACAUUUAUGAACCAUAACAAUGCAAAUGUAUGUAUGAAAAUUAGGUUUCUUGUGUAUCUUGACUAUGUAUUCAAGUUUUUAAUUUAAAAAUCCGUCCUGAAAACAUGACUUUGACUAAAUAAGAUGUCACACACAAGCUUUGCCAGUCCAACAAGCUACAGUAUUUAACUUUAGACAUGUAGAAAGUCAGUGUUUGUACUCUAGAUCGAAGAGGUUUCUACUAUAAAUUCAGAAGAAGCUCCACAAUAGAAGGACUGGAGCAGGUUCUAUGGAUAAUAGGGUUGUGGGUGAAAAACAUUACAUGUUAGUUUAACAUCAGCGGUUUCUAUGUUUGUAUUUCAGAUGUUAAGUUUGUGUUUCGGAUGUUUAUGGUUUUUCUUGUUCUAGUCUCAAAACAACAUGUUGAGGCCAAACGAGGACAGUAAUAAGGCAGCAUAAACUGAGUAUGUACCCAUAACAAAGUCAUUACUCUGCUCAUAUAUAUAUUUUAUAUUUAUUUCAUUGAAUUGUGUAAUUUUAUAAAAAAAAAAAAAAACACCUAAAUUAUUUUACAUUCAUUUACUUACAUGUUUUCUCAAUGAACUACCCUCAUGUACAAAUAAAGUCUGUAUUUGUUUCUACUCUGAUUUAAAGAAUGGUAAAUUAUUCCUAUAAAUAAGUCUGCAGUGUCUGCUUUUGUACCUUCAAAUAAAGCUUUUCUUUUCCUCAAUGAGAAGUGCAGAUUCACUCAGUUCAAGUUACACAAACAAAAACAGGACUAAGACACACAAGUCAAUUACAUCUUUGUACCCAACUCAAUUGAUUUCUGCUUUCCCAGAAAGACAGCUAUAAUUGGCACAAGGUAUGAACAUUCAAACAACCUCUGACUUGAUAAACAGAAGGGGUCUCCAACAAUGUACUAGGAAAGCUAUACGUCUCCCAUGUCACAUAAAUACAGAUAGCAUUUCUAAAAAACUAAGUGGGAGAAGAAACUACAAAGUCUCUCAACCCACACAGAUUUGUUGCGUUACUUUUCCUCCACACAGAAUUUGGUUUGGUCUGAAUACACACAUUACAUUAAAAUAUUCCAAACAGGGUUAUCCCUGGCUUUUUACAUAAACAGAACAUAUGAAUUACCACAAUUUACACCAAUCAAAUCCU